AUGAAGAUUCACAAUGAAGCAGCUGUAGAAGCACAGAUACAGGAGCUAAGGACCAUCACUCGGCUCCAGGAACAAUGUCGGGCGCUCCAGAUCCAGGGCGUGAAGGAGAAGACAGCACAGAACAAGGCUACACUAGGCCUCCUGCGCAGCAACCUCCGUCGAGGGGCCCAGGAGUGGGCUUUGGCUAAGAAGUAUGAUCAGCGGACCAUCUCCAAAGCCUGCGGGAAGGACGUGUCUAUGAGGCUGGCACACCGCCGUUGUUCUAUGGAGGUGGCUCAGGAGAAGCUGCGCAAGUACGUCUUCGACCGUGUGAAUGCACACAACGUACUGAUCCAUCUGGCUCGGCUACGGGGACAGAAGCUGGAGAGCUUGCAGCUGGAGCUGGCCAGUCUGCGGAACCAGCCUGAUGCCACGAAAGAAGAGCUAAAGUUGCUGCAGAUUAUCCGCCAGCUGGAGAACAACAUUGAAAAGACCACGCUCAAGAUUACCACCAGCCGGAACAUCCACAUGCUGUACUCAGACCUGCUGGACUACCUUAAGAAGGUGCUGGCGGGAUACCCCACGGAGCUAGACAAGCUUCAGAACCUGGUAACCAACUACUGCUCGGAGCUGUCAGAUAUGACCGUCAUGUCCCAAGAUGCCAUGAUGAUUACUGAUGAGGUCAAGAGGAACAUGAGGCAAAGGGAGGCGACCUUCAUCGAGGAGCGAAGGGCACGGGAAAACCGGCUGAACCAGCAAAAGAAGCUUAUUGACAAGAUCCACACCAAGGAGACCAGCGAGAAGUACCGCCGUGGCCGAAGGGACUUGGAUUUCCCCUCCAAUCUGAUGAGUAUGGAUACCAUGAAGGUGAGGAAAAAAGAAACUUCCAUAGCAGAUAUGGAAUACCAGACAGAAGUGACCACUUUGGUAGAGAGGGUCAAGUCUGCUGUACAGUGCUCCCACCUCUGGGACAUAGCGGGCCGCUUCCUGGCUCAGAGGAACACAGAGGAGAACCUGGAGCUGCAGAUGGAGGAUCGUGAGGAGCGGCGGAUGCAGUUGGAAGCCCUGAUGAAGAAGCUGGAACUGGAAGAGGCAGUGCUCAAAUUCCACCAGACACCCAGCUCUGUUGGCUUUAAUUCGGUUGAAAAAAAGAUGAAGAACAUGCUAGAAGAGGAAGAAGCAAGGCUCCAGCUGGCCCACAGCAACAUGACCAAGAGCCAGCAGCUACUGCUGACCAUCCAGACAGGUAUUGACAACCUCUACAUCCGGCUCAUCGGCAUCACCUUGCCAGCCACCCAGAAAGAAGUAGCAAUGUCGGACACCCUUGAUGUGUAUGGCAAGCUGGAGUAUUGCGAGGGGAAGCUCAUAUACCUAGCUGAACGUGUGCAAAUGCUGACCAGAGAUGAGGAGGUCGACACAAAGGUGAGGGAUGCCCUGGAAUCAUCCACUCUAAAGGAGAAACAUAAUACCAGGAUUACCUUUGAGGACCAAGAGGAGGACAUGAUAGAAACCUUCCAGUUUGCUGACGUGGAUCAUAGCUACGUCCCUUCGCGGGCCGAGAUAAAGAAACAGGGGCAGAGGUUGAUCGAGGGGAAGCUCAAGAUGUCCAAAAAGAAGAAAAAGUAG